AUGCAAUUCACAAGCAAGCUUUCCGUCGCUCUUCUGGCCAUCCUGGCUGCCGGUGGUGAGGCCAACCACCAGGCUCUCCAUGCUCGCAAGUUCUUCCACGCCAGAGGCUUGAACGAGACGGCUCCUGCUUCCACCUCGACUGUCGUCGUCUAUCCUACUCCCGUGCCCUCUUCGUCCGCUGGGGCCGCUUCCUCCUCGGUUGCUGCUACCUCUUCCGCUGCUGGUGACUCGACCUCGGUGAUCACCUCGAGCUCCAUCCCUCUCAGCACUGGUGCUCCUGGAUCUGGUGGCUCCGAGACCGCCACUGGUGGCCAGGAUGUCACUCUCACCUACACUCUGGGCACUGGUAGCACCAAGACCGUCGUCACCACUACUAUCCACAAGACCUCGACCGACGUCCACACCGUCUACGCUACUUCCUCUGCUGCUGUUGGUGACGAACUCACCACACUCUCUUCCACUUCUACCUCGACCGCUACUCUGAUCGCUGUUGUUACCUCCUCUGCUGCUUCUGGCAGCUCUGGAAGCGGAGACAGCUGCAGCCAGGCGACUGUCACCGUCACUGCCACUGUCACUGUGACUGCUCCUUCUACUCUCACUGCUACCUCCACCGCUAGUGACGACGAGGAUGACAACGACGUCGAGGACAGCGGCGCCAACGAGCACUACGCCGACAACAACGGCAAGGGCAACGGAAAGACCUCCGAUAUGCCCGUUCCCACUGAGACCUCUUUCCCUCGUGGCCCCUACGGCAACGGCACUAUUCCAUUCCCCAGCGGCGCCGCGAAGCCCACUGGUUUCAAGACCAGCAAGCUGCCCUACCCCACCGGCUUCCGCCGCCACUAA